AUGGGCAACCCUUUAACAAACCUCAUAUCCACAGUCACGGUUCCCUUCCGCGCCCAAAUUCGUCGCGCGUCCAGUAUCGUUGCGCCCAAACAUCAAGGCGACCAUCCCAACGGCAUCUCCAACGGAAACGGUUAUACCCACAUUAACGGUACCAACCCAAGCACCAACGGGCAUCUUACCGGUCACAUCAACGGGCAUACCAACGGAUACACCACCAUGGACUCGGAACGCCGCCCGCUCCUCGCCAACGGAACCAGCAACGGCGGCCGCUGGACCACCGAGUCCCACUCGGACUUUUCAUGGCGCGACUUUUUCCUUGAUACCACCAAUACCCCUGGCACCAACCAUCCCAAUCCCCUCGUCAAGUACCCUACCCGAGUAUGGAAUGUCACCAAGGUCACUCUUCUGAGCUCAUGGAUCAACAUCCUUCUUAUCUUUGUGCCCCUAGGCAUCAUCGCCGGUGAGCGAGGCUGGAGUGCGCCGGCAGUGUUCACUCUCAACUUCUUCGCCAUCAUCCCUCUGGCUGCGGUCCUCUCCUUUGCAACCGAGGAGAUCGCCCAUAGACUGGGAGAAACCCUCGGCGGUCUGGUUAACGCGACAUUUGGUAAUGCUGUGGAACUAAUUGUCAGUAUCGUUGCCCUCCGCGCCGGCGAAAUCGAAGUGGUCCAAGCCUCGAUGCUGGGCUCCAUUCUCUCUAACCUGUUGUUGGUGCUGGGAAUGUGCUUCCUCCUCGGUGGCAUCUUCAACAUGCGCGACUCCAACGGCGUCGGCAUCGAGCAGACCUUUGCCUCCGGGACCGCCCAAACCACGUGCUCCAUGAUGACGCUUGCCUCGGCCUCCCUGAUCAUCCCCGCGGCGCUGUACACCAUGCUCAACCACUCGGACAGCCAAGAGAAGCAAGACAGUAUCUUGAUGCUCUCGCGCGGUACCGCCGUCAUUCUCCUCCUCCUCUACUGCGCCUACCUCGUCUUUGUUCUGCGCACCCACAAGGAGUUGUUUGAGCCCGAGGCCCAAGCCGUCGGCGAUGUGGUUACCGAGCCCAAGGAGGAUCCCGUCUUGUCGCCCUGGUCUGCCGCCUUGGUCCUGAUUGUCACGACGGUCAUUAUUUCGUACGCGGCUGAUUACAUGGUCGACUCGAUCGACGACAUUGCUGCCACGGGCGCCAUGAGCAAAACGUUUAUCGGUCUGAUUUUGAUUCCCAUUGUCGGCAACGCGGCCGAGCAUGUGACGGCUUGUGUGGUGGCAGUCAAGAAUAAGAUGGAUUUGGCCAUGGGCGUGGCGAUUGGCAGCAGCAUUCAGAUUGCGCUGUUGGUCACCCCGUCUUUGGUGUUGCUGGGUUGGGCGAUUGGACAGCCCAUGUCGCUGCAUUUUGAGACGUUUGAGACGAUUGCCUUUGCCUUGUCGGUCAUGGUGGUUACGUAUACGGUGCAGGAUGGGAAGAGUAACUAUUUGGAGGGUGCUAUGCUUAUGGGACUUUACGUCAUCAUUGCCCUCGCGUUCUGGGCGAGCCCGGCUGAUGCUCUUCAGAAACUUUCCACCAUCUUCUAA